GCAUGUUCCUUCCCCGGCGUGCCGUUUCGUGACAGUUUCCGCCAGUAGCUCCUUGCGGCGGUUCCGUGAGAUGUCCCGCGUGCUGACCGGCCGCCCCGCGAGUUUCAGUGACCGAUCAACCGCAUCCACUCUGAAAGGAUCGAUCUCCUCCGGCAUUUCCGUAGUUUUCGUGUCCGGCGGCAGGACCAGCGAGCGCACGUGUGCGAAUGGAGCCCGGGAACUGUAGUGAUCGUCCUCGUUCCGUCGUCCAUCCUGUGAUCAGUCGUGUUCCACCGUUACAGACGUCCACCUGAAACUGUGUCACGCGUACUAGACCGAAGGCGACACGUGGAAGACAGAUCAUCCGGUCGAGUGUAACGGUAUUGUCAUCGGCAUUGGUCAAUGGAAUCCGUGAACGAGGGUGCGUGACUCGAUGCUGCAAGCAUCCUCUAAAGGUUUCUAAGUCAGUACGCUGAGCGACGCGGAGGAAUCGUGCUCGCGGACGAUCGACGGGCAACAAUCUCGAGAGAGGCAUCGCGGCGGGGGCAGGGUUACAGGAGCGGGCCGUGAUAUGUUCCCUUCGUCAGCGGCGAUGCUGAAGAAUCUGCAACAGAGUGCAAUGACCUCGCCCUUUUUGAUGGAGAACCUGCUCCAGAGCAAGGUGUCGCCCGGCGCGGAUCUGAACAGCCUGACCUUCAACUGGUCGGGGUUUGCCAGCCUGGUGGCGAUACAACGGGAAAGAGAAUGCGAGGCCAGCCACAGGAUCUCCAGGGAUAAGAUUUCGCCGUCGAACGGCGGCCAGGAGCAGUUCGACCAGAGAUCAUCGGCGCGCGGCGUCGAUCGACAGAACCCGAUGCUGGACUGCCGGGAUCAUCAGAGGGCCGGCGGAAGGAUCGACCGGCAGAACGAUCGGAUGCAGAUCCUACGGGAGAAGGAGGGGAUGGAGCGCGGCCAGAUCGCGUACGUCGACGUGAAGAACGAGAGGAUCGACGGCCACGUGAUCGUCGAUCGGCUAUGCGCGAUGGAGAGGCUCUGCAACGAGAGGAUCGAGAACAGAUCGAACUCCGGAAUGGAUUCGUGCAACUCGAACGCCGAUGAAGAUCCCGCCGGCAUCGAGAUCGACGCCGGUCUUCACGGGGACAGGGAGAGGGACGACGGUGUCCUCGGCGGCGAGCACGUCACGAUAUUACAGCAGGACAGACGGUACGACCUUGGAUGCAGAAACGUCAUGCACACGUCCGUCGAGAUGACGAUCCAAGGGGAGAGAGAGGCGGCGGUCGAGCGUGUCGUCGACAGGAUAGGCGAGAGAACGACCGCCUGCUCCUGCGGCGACGAGCAGUGCUUAGGACCCACAUGCAGGACCAUCCAGGAGAAGGAGAAGCCGCAGCUCAAGUUCAGCGUCAACGCUAUACUUGGCGGCAAUCAUGACAGGCGACCGCAUUCUGAGAAUUUUCAAAGUCUUCCACCAGAGGCGAUACCAGCGUUCCUCCAAAAUUUACAGAAUUCAGCGAAUUACAAUAUUGCGAAACCCAUCGCGAGACCAGCACCUUAUCACCCGUACCACAGGCCGAGUCAUCAACCACCUCAGCGUCAUUUACCACCGAACACGCACCACACGCUCCAACAGUUGUUCUAUAGGGGACCUUAUCUGACUGUUGCUGGUUCCGGGACCGGAGGUCAUCAUCCAGGUGCUCCUGGGGGAGGGGCAGCGUUCCCAGGUGCGAUUCAAGGUGGCUUGGGUGAUUUCGCGGGCACGGGCUUGGUGUUUCCAUGGGCGACGAACGCGCGCGGCAAACCUCGCAGAGGGAUGAUGCGGAGGGCAGUUUUCUCUGACCUUCAGAGGCGUGGGCUUGAGAAGCGGUUUCAGCUUCAAAAGUACAUCAGCAAGCCCGACCGCAAGAAGCUCGCCGAGAAACUUGGCCUCAAGGACUCGCAGGUGAAAAUCUGGUUCCAAAACCGGCGAAUGAAGUGGAGGAAUAGCAAGGAGAGGGAACUGCUAGCAACCGGUGGUUCUCGGGAGCAAACAUUGCCGAACAAGAACAACCCGAAUCCAGACUUGAGCGACGCCGACGGAGACAAGCCUCGAAUGGACUUGAGCGACGUCAGUCCCGUGACGAGUCCUCAGCAGCCGGAAGAGCAAACGGAAAAUGAGGAGGACGAGGAGAUCAAUGUCACGUGAGAAGACACCGAGUAACAUCCGACCGGAAACGUGUUCAUCGUUCGACGAACGAGGAUCGAGGGAUUCAAGAUUGAGAGAUUCGGAAACGGUGAUCGAGGUGCACCGGAGGAAACCAAUGUAAACGAAGCUUCGCCUCCCUAGACCCUAAGCGGAAGAUGCUGUUGUGUCUGCUCGAUGGAAGAAUCGCGACGGAUUCGAGAUUCGUCCGCGCAUUAGUCGGCCGAAUUUUGGUUUGGUGCGCGGGAAGCUGUCGGACGAUUAGUUUUCGAAUUUCAUUUUUGUUCGAACGAUUAGUUUUCGAAUUUCAUUUUUG